CAAGCGACGGCCCAACGACUGAGACUGAGACUCCGCGAGACUCGCGCGCUCGCUGGCGCCAUGUUCUGCAGCUGCUGCACCACGUCCGCGGAGCCCGGCGGCGUGGAGGACAUCGGCGUCAUCAAGAUGAUGCCCCCAGAGGCACCGCCGCCACUCCUGGAGGAGCAGGCGCCCAUUGGCUCAUCACCUCCGGUAGUCACAGAGAGCACUGCGCCGCUGGAGGAGCGGAGCUUUGCGGAGGCGCAGGGCGCGGAGUUCGGCUUCACGCUGCCGGACGGCAGCUACCGGACCGUGAUCAUGAGCAGCAAACCUUUGGGCCUGGACUUCUACAAAGCGGUGCCGCUGAUCGUGAAGAAUGUGAAGCCCAACUCAGAUGGGGAACGUGUGGGCAUCAAACAGAAGUGGCAGCUGACCCAGUUGGACGGCGAGCCAGUUGGUGGAGACUUGCAGACUGUGAUGGCGCAGAUUGUCAAAGCUGUCCAGAACCUGCCAACCAAGACCAAGAGCUGAGGCUUCUUGUGGUCUCACCAGGAUUUGAAGGAGGGUAGGUUGCACCACCUGUGUGCUGCACCAGGCUUCGUGGCACUUGGUCUUCGCUUGGGCACAA